AUGCACUAUACAAUGGAUAUUGAAAACGUUGUUUGGCUACAUGAUGAUCUCUACGAAAUUACAAUUCAUGUCUUAGGGAGCGAACAAAUUGAUCUAAAAUAUUUGUAUUCCCUAAAGAUUAUUGGUGUUGACGGACCUAAGGGUACCGUUCAAUUAUAUGGUAAAAAUGAAAACACAUAUUUAAUUGAUAGUCCAACAGAUUAUAGAGCAACUUUCCAAGUAUAUGGUGAUACUCAAAGGGAUGAAUGCAAUGUGUGGCUUCCAAAUUUCCAAAUUCAAUACGAAUAUUUACAAGGUGAUGCCUGGGCUUAUGCCGAUACAUGGGUUUGGGGGACAACUUCAUUCGAUCUUAUGACUGGUUGUAACAAUUACGAUAAUCAAGGUAACUCUCAAACAGAUUUCCCAGGGUACUAUUGGAAAAUAGAUUGUAAUGAAGGGUGUGGUAAAACUCCAGUUCAGUCUUCUAGUUCAACCGAUAUUAUCAGCUCAUUGGAAUCAUCUAGUUAUGUUUCAUCAUAUGUAUCUGUUACAUCUUCUAAUCAAGUUAACCACGGUAGCUCUUCCUCAUUAACCAAUCCAACAUACUCUACCUCUUUAGUUAGUACUGUGGGCCAAAGCAGUUUAACACGCGAAAGUUCCAUUGUUCCUUCUAAUACAAAAUUUUCAAGUAGCGCUGCGGAAUUGACGUCUUCCUCCGGGGAAAUAUCUUCGGACGUUUUGACAUCAACAUCAACUUCGAUACUUUCCACCUCAACAUAUUAUACUUCAAUUGCAACAGUUGUCUCAACCGUUAUAACUUCAGAUUAUACUACAUCAACUGGUGCUUCAUCUCAAGUUUCAAGUUCAACAUCUACUUCAUAUAGCUCGAACAAAUUAAGUGUUCCAACAACAUCGAUUAUCUCAAGUAAUCCAUCUUCAAGUUAUGGUUCUUCGAGUUAUCUAGUUUCUAGAUUUUUGAAUUCGACGAUAUCUAGUGUUGUCUCUAGCUCAAAAACUAGCUACCACACCUCAAGUUAUCUAAUUUCUAGCGACUUGGAUACAACUACCUCCAGUUCAGUUCCCUCUGUUAUUUCAACUGCUUCAAUUACAACUGAACAAGUCUCAAGUGAUAUUUCAAGCUAUUUAACUUCGGGUGUGUCUUCGGGGUUCUCAACUUCUAGUUCCAUAAACUUGACUUCUUCUACUACUAGUCAUCUAACCUCUAGUUCCAUGAACUUGACAUCUUCUACUGCUAGUUACGCAACUUCCAGUUCCAUGAACUCAACUUCAUCUAUUGCUAGUUACCCAACUUCUUCUACUUCAAGUUAUCCAGCUUCUGUCUAUUUGAAUACAAUUGUUACCACUUCAAGCUAUCCAACUUCUAGUUCCAUGAACUUGACUUUUUCUACUUCAAGUUAUCCAGCUUCUAGUUCCAUGAACUUGACUUCAUCUACUGCUAGUUACUCAACUUCCAGUUCCAUGAACUCAACUUCAUCUAUUGCUACUUACCCAACUUCCAGUUUCAUGAACUCAACUUCAUCUAUUGCUAGUUACCCAACUUCUUCUACUUCAAGUUAUUCAGCUUCUAGUUCCAUGAACUUAACUUCUUCUACUUCAGGUUACUCGACUUCUAGUUUCCUAAACUUGACUUCAUCUACUGCUAGUUACCCAACUUCCAGCUAUUUGAACUCAACUUCUUCUACUUCAGGUUACUCGACUUCUAGUUCCAUAAACUUGACUUCAUCUACUGCUAGUUACCCAACUUCCAGCUAUUUGAACUCAACUUCUUCUACUUCAGGUUACUCGACUUCUAGUUCCAUAAACUUGAGUUCAUCUACUGCUAGUUACCCAACUUCCAGCUAUUUGAACUCAACUUCUUCUACUUCAGGUUACUCAACUUCUAGUUCCAUCAACUCAACUUAUUCUACUGCUAGUUACUCGACUUCUAGUUCCAUGAACUCAACUUCUUCUACUUCAAGUUAUCCAGCUUCUAGUUCCAUGAACUUGACUUCUUCUACUGCUAGUUACCCAACUUCUAGUUCCAUGAACUCAACUUCAUCUAUUGCUAGUUACCCAACUUCCAGUUUCAUGAACUCAACUUCAUCUAUUGCUAGUUACCCAACUUCUUCUACUUCAAGUUCUCCAGCUUCUGUCUAUUUGAAUACAAUUGUUACCACUUCAAGCUAUCCAACUUCUAGUUCCAUGAACUUGACUUUUUCUACUUCAAGUUACCCAACUUCUAGUUCCAUGAACUUAACUUCAUCCACUGCUAGUUAUCCAACCUCUUAG